CGGGUCCGCCCCUGCCGGAGUGGGCCGUGGUGCGGCCGCCGCGCGGGACCCUUCUUGGGGAAGACUCGGACUCCGUGGGAAUCGCGCUCCUUCGGGAAGGGAAGGCUGGGUGGGAAGGGAAGGAGCGCGUUCCGGGCCGGCCGUCAGGGUAAAGGUGGCAGUAAUGCUAACGCUGGCAAGCAAGCUGAAGCGGGAUGACGGUCUCAAAGGGUCCCGGACGUCAGCCACCACGUCUGACUCCACUCGGAGGGUCUCUGUGAGAGACAAGUUGCUUGUCAAAGAGGUUGCAGACCUUGAAGCUAAUUUACCUUGUACUUGUAAAGUGCAUUUUCCUGAUCCAAACAAGCUUCAUUGCUUUCAGCUAACUGUAAUCCCAGAUGAGGGUUACUACCAGGGUGGAAAAUUUCAGUUUGAAACUGAAGUUCCUGACGCAUACAACAUGGUGCCUCCCAAAGUGAAAUGCUUGACCAGGAUCUGGCACCCCAACAUCACAGAGACAGGGGAAAUAUGUCUAAGUUUACUGAGAGAACAUUCGAUUGAUGGCACUGGCUGGGCUCCCACGAGAACCUUAAAGGAUGUUGUUUGGGGAUUAAAUUCUUUAUUUACUGGUGAAGACUGUGACACCAGACAAGCAGAUUCUCCGGUGUUCACCUUGAGUUUCUCUCUUUUUAAGGACCUUUUGAAUUUUGAUGAUCCACUGAAUAUUGAAGCUGCAGAACAUCAUUUGCGGGACAAGGAGGACUUCCGGAAUAAGGUGGACGACUACAUCAAGCGUUAUGCCAGAUGAUAAGAGGAGAUGAUUGCAGGCCCAUGGACUGUGUGUCACAGUUUGUCUCUAGUGUGAAGCAGCACGAGGUAGCCCUCCUCCCUGUCCUCACGCUCCCUCAAUCCCACGGGAUUGUCCCAGUCCUGUGACCUUGUCCUGAAGAAGACCAUCCUCCUGACCGCCCACCGUAGGCGGGGAAUGCAGCAUAAAUACAGCAGGAAACGUGUUUGGGCCUCUAAAGAGUUGUCUGCCUCCCUUAACAUGUUCACUUUUCUGAAACUGUGCUGUCUAGGCUGUCAGUGAGACUCCUGGGAAGUAGUAAUGGGCUCAGCAUUGAGGCUAGCGCUUGCUUCCCCUUCCCCAGCAGAUGGGUAUCCAGUGUCAUUUGCAGAUUGACAAUAAGAAACUAUGGCACACUGUGGUUGGAUGCACAUUCUCUUAGCUUCUCCCGCAAAUGCUGGCCCUGCCCAGAUGUGAGGCUUCCCAGAGCACAGUCAUUCACUGUAGAUCUUACUGAAAUGCGUAUUUUAUUUAAUGUAAGUAUAUUUUGGAACAGAUUUGUAAUUUGUACAAUUUAAUGCUUUAAUUAUUUUUUUCUAUUCUCA